GUUGGACUUUUCUUCAUACCUUACACCCGGCUAGUUGACACAAACUUUGGUCACAUCAUAACGGCUGUCUCAUACCGCCACCAACCGUGUCGCUAGCUAGUUUAGAGACAUUUCCCCUGACUUAGUGAGGUUAGCUAAAACUGUCGGAACCGUCGUCUCUCUUCACAUCCUGGUAUGGAAGUGUAAGUUAGCAGACAUGCAGUUGACGUUUCUGAAACAGGACGAACGAGUCUGCGUGAUAGAACACCGGCUGGGAGAGCAGUACUACAGAGAUGCCAUGGAGCAAUGUCACAACUACAAUGCCAGGCUCUGUGCUGAGAGGAGUGUUCGAAUGCCGUUCCUCGACUCUCAGACCGGUGUGGCUCAGAGCAACUGCUACAUUUGGAUGGAAAAGAGACACAGGGGACCAGGCAUGGCUCCAGGGCAGCUCUACACCUACCCAUCCAGGAGGUGGAGGAAGAAACGGCGAUCUCAUCCUCCAGAGGACCCCCGGCUUAUCUUCCCCCCUGUCAAGUCAGAGCUAGACUUAGGUGUGAAGAAGGAUGCUCUGUUGUCAUCAGAUGGCAGCAGCCUGGAAGCCCUACUCAAAGGGGAGUCCUUGGACAAACGGACGACCACAGAACUCCGAGGAUCUGAAGAAGAUUCAAACCUGAGUGACUACACUGGAGGCCUGAACCCUGCAGCUCGCAUUAGAAAGAGAAUCCUCGAGCCUGAUGACUUCCUAGAUGACCUAGAUGAUGAAGACUAUGAGGAAGACACACCUAAAAGAAGAGGCAAAGGGAAAGGGAAGGGUCGAGGAGUAGGCAGUAGCAGGAAGAAGUUGGAUACAGCAGCACUGGAGGACAGAGACAAGCCGUACGCCUGUGACAUCUGUGGGAAGCGCUACAAGAACCGCCCCGGCCUGAGCUACCACUACGCCCACUCCCACCUGGCUGAGGAGGAGGGUGAAGAGAAGGAUGAGAUUGAGGUCAAUGAGCCUGCCUUGCCGCUGCCUGAGGAGCCUAAAACUCCCAAGAAAGGCCCAGAUGGUCUCGCGUUGCCUAAUAAUUACUGUGAUUUCUGCCUGGGAGACUCCAAAACCAAUCACAAGACUGGUCAGUCAGAGGAGCUGGUGUCCUGCUCCGACUGUGGACGCUCGGGCCACCCGUCUUGCCUGCAGUUCACUCCUGUAAUGAUGGCCGCUGUAAAGACGUACCGCUGGCAGUGCAUAGAGUGCAAGUGCUGCAACAUGUGCGGCACCUCAGAGAAUGACGAUCAGCUUCUGUUCUGUGACGACUGUGAUCGAGGCUAUCACAUGUACUGUCUCAACCCACCUAUGUCUGAACCUCCAGAGGGGAGCUGGAGCUGUCAUCUAUGUCUGGACCUGUUGAAAGACAAGGCAUCCAUAUACCAGAACCAGAACGCCCCACCAUCGUGAUGCCCGCUCCUUCCUGCACACACUCAUCACUCAACCGUCCCGCAACAGUAUGGUUUACCCUUCAAGACAGAUGAUAAACUCCCCUGACGAGCUGACCUCAGUGGGAGCGUGUUCAGAACAGACAAUAAAUUGUGAAAAGGGAAGUAUACCUUACCAGACUUGCCUCACUUAGCUUCAGAUAUGACUGUUACACAGUUCCAAGCUCAGAUUCAGCCCCAUAGUUUUUAAUUUUCACCUCUUUGCAACAUAGCCAAUUUAAGCAGUACUGGAUUUCAACAAGAUACACGGCAUAAAUAGCCAAAUUAUGACUUACUUUUUACACACACACCUAAAUAAAGUUGCUAAACCCUUGUCUCUAUCCUGCAGUGUAAUGAUUUUAUGACUAGAGCAGAAAUAGAGCUCAUUGGAAUCAAAUAGCAUGCCAAUGCUUGCUCAUCGUGAAGGAA